AUGCACCGCUUCUUCGAGCCCGCCUUCACCGUUCUGCACACGAUUGUCGUCGAAGAACUCGCGCGCGAGCACCCAGUCGGCGUCGUCCCUCUCCUCGGCGUCAACCGCCAUUUCCGCCAGCUUGCGGUCGAGCGCUUGGUUCAGGCGUACAAGGAGUGCAAAGUGCUCGGCUACGACGAGGAGUCGGGCUACCCGAAGCUUUCUGGCCAGUUUGUCAAGUUCGCCGAGUCCGGCGUCAACCCUUACGACGGGCCCUUCAAGGAGAACGACCCCCGCUACACCCUCGUCGACCAGGAUCCCGACGGUCGCGCAGUCAUGCUCGUCUUCAACUCUUACGACCCGAAGACGACGCUCGUCACGCUCAAGCCCGUCCAUCCCGCUGACGCCAUCUACUACGACCUGCUCUGCGACGAGAAGUACUCGGAAUGGCGCGACUUGCCGCGUUACUUUGAAGGCGUCGCUUCGGGCUGGUUCAAGAAGGCUCGUCCGGGUCGCAGCGUCAAGGGCCUCGAGCUUGCUUUCGAUGACGAGCGCUACCCGCCUAUCCAGGCGCUGCUCUCGCCCGAAAUCCCGAACAAGCGCGACGGCGAGUUUCAGAAUGUCGAGCAGCCUCUUCGCAACGGCUGGACGAUUCUCUACUCCGCCAGCCGCAUGGACAGCCUCCCUGAUGAAGCCCGGGAGGUUGACCCGACGAUGGGAGAGGUGCCCGACGGCUUCCUUGUCCCAGCACAGCUCAAGAUUCACUGGCUCAAGAUCCCGCUCGUCAGCCUCUUCAUUCCACGCCAUUCGACGACCAAGAAGUGCUGGUACGACUAG